AUGGCAUCCACAAACCUCGGAACCCAUGCGGAUAUUGCACGAUUCAAUACUCCUAGCCCCCACCCGACCCAUUUGAGCAUCCAAGGAAAAUAUAACCAACGGGUUUUGAAGGAUGACGCCUCGGGAUAUGUCGCUCCUGUCUUCGAAGGAAGGGAGAAGCAGAUGGAAACUGUGAUGGAUUUGUUGGAGGAGAAGGGUUUUAUUCCUCCAGAGUUCGUUGAGAACGAGACUAAGUGGUUUUACACUUCUCUUGGAAUUGAUGACAUGUACUUCCAGUCCGAGGCACCUGAAACAAUUGUCAACCAUAUUCUCUCCUUGUACGCCGGGAAAGUUGCAGCAUUCUCUAGGGAUGAUAAGCGCCUUGAAAUCCGCUUGGAUAGGGAAGCAGAAGAUCAUGCCGUAUAUAUCGACACAUCCACUCCAGGUAUAACAGUUCUAUCUGGCCCGAAGUACGAGCAACGUAUCGAUGAGAAAUAUCUGAACCCUUCCAACCCCGAGAAGGCGUACCGUGUCGAAUCUUUUCGCUCAUCAUCUCAACUUACAUCUACAAACCAACAACUACGUUGCUACUUCGUGUACAAGUGUGACUUUGUAAACCCUAACCCAGACCCUACAGAAUCUGACCUGGACGUUGUUUCGGACAAGUCCUUUUUGCAAAAAGUCACUCCAAACACAAAAGGUGUCUAUCAAGAUGUGGUUAAAGCAGUCAUUGAGAGGACUGGGCCCGUUAUUGAGAUGUUUGAGGUUCAGGGAACCAGAGAGAAGAGACUUGUUAUCGGUUUCAAACAAGGGAGUUCAAUGGGGUUGUUUUCUGCGCUGAGCGACCUAUACCAUUACUAUGGAUGCACCUCGGCCAGAAAAUAUGUUGAACAAUUUUCCAAUGGUGUAACUGUUAUGUCCAUCUACUUGCGACCCUUACCACCAAACACCCAACUUAACCCUUCAAAAUAUCCUCCUAUCGAGGCUUCAAUCUACCAGAUAAUGAAGGAAGUCAGCUUGCUUUAUUGCAUUCCUCAAAAUAUGUUCCAGGCACACUUCAUUAGCGGAAGAUUGAGCUUGCAGGAGACUAUAUAUGCGCACUGUGUUUGCCAUUUUGUCGGUCAUUUCUUGAACAGACUGGGAACAGAGUACACCGCCGUCUCUCAGCUCCUCGAUCCCAACAACAGUGUCCAUGCAGACACUCUCAACAAGCUUAAGCGUCGUCUUCGUACAGAGACCUUUACCGCUGAUUACAUUUAUGAGAUCAUCAACGAACACCCUGAACUUGUUCGCGCUCUAUACUUGGCAUUUGCCAAUGCACACUAUGUACAGACUCGUGGGGAGCAGGAUGAUUUCAUUCCGACUCUGAGUUACCAGCGUCUGCAAGUGGAUCGAGUUUUGACAAACAGUGAGUUGAAGACGAAGAUUUCUAGAACUGUCGGCAAUGAGCACCAAGAAAAGGUCAUGCAAUAUUUCAUUACCUUCAAUGAGAAUGUGUUGAAAACCAACUUUUACACCCCUACCAAGGUAGCGUUAAGUUUCAGACUGAACCCCAAGUUUCUUCCGACUGUUGAAUACCCUCAACCAUUGUUCGGAAUGUUUUUGGUCAUCGGAUCAGAGUUUAGAGGGUUCCAUCUGAGAUUCAGAGAUAUUGCUCGCGGUGGUAUCCGAAUUGUCAAGAGCAGGAACAGAGAAGCGUACACAAUUAACGCUCGCUCAGUUUUUGAUGAGAACUAUAACCUCGCAAACACUCAACAACGGAAGAAUAAAGAUAUCCCCGAAGGUGGAAGCAAGGGUGUCAUUCUAUUGGAUGCCAAUCAUCAGGAUAAGGCCACGAGUGCUUUCCAGAAGUACAUUGAUUCUGUUCUCGAUCUUCUCCUUGAGCCAAACAGUCCCGGAAUCAAGGAUCCUAUUGUUGAUCUCCACAAAGAGCCCGAAAUCCUGUUCAUGGGGCCUGAUGAGAACACCGCUGGGCUUGUUGACUGGGCGACCGAGCACGCCAGGGUCAGAGGUGCUCCUUUCUGGAAAUCCUUCUUCACCGGAAAGAGCCCUAGCCUGGGCGGUAUUCCUCACGACGAGUAUGGAAUGACAUCCCUCAGUGUUCGCGAAUACGUUCUCGGUAUCUAUAGGAAAUUGAACCUCGACCCCUCCAAAAUGAUGAAGCUGCAAACUGGUGGACCUGAUGGUGAUUUGGGGUCUAACGAGAUCCUAUUGAGUAACGAGAAGUAUUGCGCGAUUGUUGAUGGUUCUGGUGUACUGGUCGAUUCUAAGGGUCUGGAUCAUGAAGAGCUUCUCCGUCUUGCCCGGGAGCGUCUCAUGAUCUCAGAGUUUGACAUUUCCAAGCUAUCCCCCGAAGGCUACCGUGUUCUUGUGGAGGACGUCAACGUUACUCUGCCAAGUGGCGAGAUCGUUACAAACGGCACCAUCUUCAGAAACACCUUCCACCUCCGAAGUGAUAUGCACUAUGAUGUUUUCGUGCCCUGCGGCGGAAGACCAGAAGCUAUCGAUUUGGGCAACGUUGGCCAACUGAUCAAAGAUGGAAAGAGUAUCGUUCCCUUCAUUGUUGAAGGAGCGAACCUUUUCAUCUCCCAGGACGCCAAGUUGAGACUCGAGAAGGCGGGCACUAUCCUAUACAAGGAUGCUAGUGCCAACAAGGGUGGUGUGACAAGUUCGUCCAUGGAGGUUCUUGCGUCACUUGCCUUUGAUGAUGCCGGUUUCAUCGAGAACAUGUGCGUCCGCGACGGUGUCACUCCAGAAUUCUACAAAACCUAUGUCAAGGAGGUACAAAAGACCAUUCAGAACAACGCACAUCUUGAAUUCGAAGCCUUAUGGCGUGAAGCUGAGGAGACUGGGAAGCCACGCUCAAUCUUGUCUGAUGAGCUCUCAUUGGCGAUCACAAAACUCGAUGAGGAGCUCCAGCAAACUGAGCUAUGGAACAAUAUCCCUCUCAGAACUAGUGUCCUCAAAGAUGCUCUCCCAGCCAGCUUAAUUGAGAAAAUCGGCCUCGAUGUCAUCCUUACCAGGGUACCAUUAAACUACCUCAGGAGCAUUUUUGGAAGCUACUUGGCAUCCAGGUUUGUAUAUGAAUUCGGAAGCAACCCAACUCAAUUUGCUUUCUUUGAAUUCAUGACUAGGAAGUUGCGAGCUCUCGAAGCAUAA